AUAAAUUAAUAAUAAUACAAUACGAAGCAGCUGAUUUAGAAUUCGGCCGGUCGGAACGGCCUUCCUCCUUGCUCCUUUCCUUCGCGGCGCAUGCAUGCAUGUCAGACCAAACACCACUCACACUCACCACUCUUCCCAGCGACCAGAUACUUGACUCGCCUUUAUUUGUCAUCUGUCAGAACAGCUCUACUAAGCACGCCGCUUGCCACUCCCUUGACUCGCGCUCGACAUGUCCACUUCACGAUAUCAACACCGAGUCGCUUAUGCGCAGAUUUGAUCUCUAUCGCCGUCCUCUUCAUCUACGCGAUGAAAGUACGAUUCACGGAAUACCGAUCAGCUAUCUAUCCACAACAACGUCGAUUUCUUGGCCUUCUACAAGCGACUGGUACCAGCGUGCUGGCAUGUUCACUAGGCUACAUAGGUAGUCAACGCCGAGUUGCUAUCUCUGCCAGUAACCAACCGCGCUGGGUCGCGGUUGGUAGCGUCGUCAGCCUUCGAGUCGGUGUGACUUGCGAGUCAGGCCCAGCGAUGGCAUGCCUCCUCUCCACAGCGCCGCUUCGUAUAUCCCAUCGUGCAUUGCUCCGUUCCCUGGUGUUGGGUCGGCGGGGCUGGCUGUUUGUUAUCUCGAUAUCGGUUGGAAGGAUCACGAGAGCUGCAGCCCGGCGCCACGCAGUUCAAAAAUACUCGCUGCUGACAGCUUAGUCCAUGAGGCUGAUCGCCGUGCUAUCGUGACCUUUAACAUAGGUGUGUACUCCGUACCACCUACAUAAAUGAAAUGUGCGACGCUAAAAUCGUAGUGCCAUCCUGCUUUAUGCCCAGCCUAGCUCAUGGAUGAUAGACCACUCACUUAGUGCUUAGUACUUCCCGAGCUGGGCGCGCGAGUCCUAU